AUGUCAUUGAUAAGGCGAGCACAGCAAUGGGGUUCAAUGUCAAGAAUUUGGCAUAUCUAUGAUGCUAAAUGGCAAGAUCCUUACAAAAGUGCUGUUUACUUGGUGCCGUUUCUUCAAGGAAAAAUUAAACCGAUAUACGCACCAUUGACACUGGUUGGAGACCACGUCGUAGUAAUAAACAGCAAGGAUAUCGCCCUGAGAGGUGACGAAUGGAAAAAACGAGUCUACUUCCACCACACAACUUACCACAGUGGAGAUACCUGGACCCUGGCGUGGGAAUUACACAGAAAGAACAAAACGAUGAUCUUCAAAAAAGCCGUGUACCACGCCCUGAGAGGCAACCUUCAGCGUCGUCACACCAUGGAGCGUCUGCACAUUUUCCCCGACGAAAAUGUGCCUGAAGAAAUAAUGAAGAACGUUUCUAACCAAAUCCGACAGCUCAGACCAGUCCCUACACACCUUGACCUUAUUCAUGAGGAAGUUAAGGAAGAAUUUCCCCGAAUUAUGUCUUACCCUUCUAACUACAUCCUCAAGUAG